ACCGCCUAAAGUCCUAAAGCAUGCCUAAAGCAAUGCCUAAAGUCAUGCCUAAAGUAGGCGCGUCUCCGUUGCUAAGCGACACUCAGCUCCGCUGAGCAUGCGCAUAUUGCCAUGUGGUUUGUGUUGUCGCAAUGUGGAAACUGGUGGUUGUGCAUGGGUUGUGCGGUGGUGCCAUGUGCCGAUCUCGGCGCUUCUUAAGAACUUUUGUAAUGUAAAUUUUGUGUAUAGAUGGAGCCCACGUUUACUAUGGAGACAAAGGACGUCAACGUUUGUUUUGAUUUCCUGUACAACAUCUUCAUCGGUCCUGCAAGUGGUGUGGAAAGCCUUCAGACAAAAAUCCGAUCUGUCAUCAAUGAAACAGUGAAGCAGCCGAAGCUCGGUCUGUCGUCAUUACCGUUGUCAUCGCUCCUUGUGGACCUUUUGGAGCACAUCACUGACCAGGGUGCGAAACAGGACACUCUGCUACUUGCUGGGACAUGCGUCGUGCGCAUCCUGUGCCGAUUUCUGACACUCGAGGCUGCUUGUGAUGCUGUGCGGGAACUUCUAAUCGUACCUACACAUGCUUUGGCACUGAAGUCAUGCCAUGACAGAUUCCUGCCAUCACUGAGGUCACCUCCACAUACUGUAGACACCUUGAGUUGUCCUACGUUUUACCACCUUUGCCUUGUUCAUGGUGUUCUGAGUGCUGGUCCAGAUGCACAUUCCCUUCUAACAUGCCAAAGGAAUGGAGCCAUGGUUCCCUUGAUUCUAGAGGUCUUACGCCCUCUCAUCAUUCUUGUGCACGAUGACAGGAUCUCACGCUAUCACAGCGUGAGCACAUUACAACUGUGGUUCAAAACCCUGGAACACCUGCUGAGAAAGUCGGAGGCAGGAGACAAGGAUGGAGCAAUUGCUGUCAAGUCUUUGAUGAAGAGCUUAUUCACUCCUGAAUCAGAUGCUACAGCGCUUGUUCUCUCUGCAGUCGAUGCCAACUGGGAGUCGUCUGUGAAUGGAGUGUCUGACCUUAUUAAAAGAAUCUAUCAGUCUUUUCUUAAUGUGACACACUGUGAGGACCUGACUGAAAUUGAAAAAACAAAGCUUGGGACGAGUUCGCAUGACAUCAUACCUAGGUUUCACAAGUUCUUGCUUGAAAGAACAAUGCAUCUGGACUGGAAGGAAAAGCCCAAGUACCUAAGUCUUGCUUGCCUCUUGCAGUUCGUGCCAUUUGAAUCGUGUCUGAAAAUCGAUGCUGAUUUUCCUAUGCACUCCAUCCGUGGACUGCUGGCUAAUCACCUUGUGUCUGCAACUGUGGAUGUUUAUAGAGCAUCUCUGACAUUUGGUCUGCAUCUAACUUCCAGUUCGACUCAAAUGGCAAGCAAAGAAAUGUGGUCUGUGUAUUGGAAAGCACCAAUUGUUGACAUCAUCAGGUGUGAUGAUGGAACGUGUCUUCAGAACAUGACCACUCACUUACUUCCGUGGACUCUGAAGAACAUACCAGGCAGCCUAGAAGAGCUUGCAGAAAGUUUCAAGACAUGUGGGAGAGAUGAUAUGUCACUUUCUUUUCUUGCGACUCUAGGUCGUAUUGCUGUACAGACGGGGCUUACAUCCAUGGUGCUAGAGAAGCCACUGAUGGCACAGUGUCUUGUACACCAAUCCAAUGCAAUACGGAUAGAAGCGUUCAGCCUCUGCUGCUCGUCGUACAUACUUCAUGCAGGAAGACCAGAGGCUGACCUGUUAGAUAUACUUCAAUUUGUGAAGGCCAACUUAAAUGUCGACGACUCUUGGUUCCGGUCAAGGCUUGUUGUGCAGCUUGAAAAUGUCUUUGUGGCUCUGCGAGAGAGUGUUGUGUCGGAGUUCAGCAAAGCAUCACGGCAAAAACAGAGACACUCUCAGACUGGCACACUGGAAAAGCAUUACACAUCAGCCUUCUGCUUCGUCAGAAAAAUCAUGGCAGUGGCUGUGAAGAACCUGUUUCCAGGUGCCAAUUACCAAAGGGCCAUAACUUCAUUGUUGGUCCUUGAGUCUCUUGCAAAGACUUUUCGUGUGGACCCAUCUGGGAAACAAAGAUCAACACACAAGACAGACACCUUGGAAAAGUUCUUUGCUUCUGAGAUGGGUCGCUUUGAACUGGAACCGAUGCAUAAGAGCAUAACGGCAGCCUUUCUCAAAGCUCUUUUUCAUAAUGUAUUAGAGGUUCGUCUCUGUGCAUUCCGGCUCCUGACAACCGACGGUUGCCCAAUGUUUCAAAGCAGAAGCGAUCUUCAGGAUGCACUGCAGGAUACUGCAUACGAAUACCUUGCUAGUCCUAGGCCCCAAGACAAUGCCAUUGGUGCCCUAUUCCUCCGGCUAUACCUCAUUAACCUUAAAAAGGAGCCAAAGCAGCUUGCUACAAAGCUAGAAGAAAUCUGCAGCUUGGGUGAAAAUGCUUUCUCAGCAUUCCAGCAUGAUCCAGUGUCUGCAUCGGCAAGCUUGCCGCUUCAUGGUGUGCUGUUUUCUCUGGUUACCUGCCUGAGUGAUGUCAAGUGCAUACUGGCAGCUGUGCAGGGUUGCAGUAUGGAUGGGAACAACAGCCCCAUUUGCAGCAUUCUCAACAGGGCAUUGUGUCUUGCUAAGAGCUCUCUCUUACGCUCACUCCUUGUCAUGGUGCCAAAGAACAAGCAGCACAUUCUUGGUGCAACAACUACUAGUUCAGCAAACAGAGCAGCACCUUCCUUCGAAGAUACAAACCUAGCAUUUGCAGAACUCAUCAGAGACCACGAAAUAGCCAAAGGGAUCACAUUUACACCAGAAGAGCUGCACCAAGUUGAAGAGAGACUGGCAUCAUUCUGUUGGCACUGUAUCAAGAACUCAUGUUUACUGUUGGACCUUGUGGCAAGUGUUUCUCUAAGGGACAAUGGAAUAUCUUACCCACUGGAUAGCAGGUCCCUGCGUGACAUUGCGAAUGCUCUGGUUGCUGUCAUGACUGGAUGCCGGCAUCGUGGAGCCAUCGAAAGCUGCUGUGAAUCCCUGAAAAGCCUCUGCCAAGUUCUUUCCAGCAGUACAACCACAGAAAUAUCUGAUAUUCCAUUCGAUCUUGUUAGAAAGGCUCUGUCAUCAUUAACAUCUAGAUCAAAAUCUUCCUCCGUCACAAGGCGAUCAGCAGGUCUCCCAUUACUCAUCAGGGCUCUUCUUGAAGGAGAAGCAAGAAAUGUGAAGCGUAGCAUGUCCUGGACUGUGGACUACUUGAGCAGCGUCAUCAGAGAGUGCACUGAGCAGUGUGACAUUUCUGCGUCCACAGUGGAUCUGCCCCAAGCAGAAGCGCUGCACGUUCUCUGUGCCGUUGUUGGCUCUGCAUCAUUGACAGCUGCAGUGAUGAUGCACCUUGGACGCAUUCUGUGGUUUUGCUUUGAAGGCUUGGCGUCGCCUUUCUGGGUAGUGAGAAAUGCAGCACACCAGCUCUAUGGUGUGACAGCACCACGUGUGUUGGGACUAAAAAAGACGCGAGAAGAAUUUGUUGGCCACGAUGCCCUGAGUGCGUUGGACUUGUUUGCAAAGUUUCCAGAUCUGCGGGUGUUGUUUCUGAACAAACUUGAUGGCUCCAACGUAAACAACCAUGACUUGUACUUUGUCCUCGACUUCCUCUCAAGACUUAAACCGCUUGCCAUUGGCCAACAAGGACUAAAAUCUCUGGAGCCCUUUCGACAAUGCAUACGCAACCAUCUGGGCUGUCGUUCAUGGAAGCUGCGCCUGCUUGCCGCGAAGUGCAUCUCCUCUUUUUGCCAAUCAACCCAUGAGGAGGUCAUGCUCUUGCUCGCGAAGGUUGUUGCCCUCAAAGGUGUUAAUUCCUGCAACAGUGCCCACGCACACCUUUAUGCCGUCAAUCAUCUCCUGAGAAACAACCCACUUUGUGUCCCAGGCAUAGCCAAAUGGUUUCAGGAAAGUGAUGGUUUCAGUAAGUUGUCGUGGACCCUGUCAUCAAACUUUUUUGUGAGAAUUGAGUUUUUGGACUUGCUUGACCUGCUGUCCGACAAUGGUGAUUGCACCGAGUGCCAAGAGAAGUUGCAAAAGUCAUUUAUGUUGGAUAUAGCAGACACACCGAGCUGUAAGAAGCUGCCUGGGUAUGCAGUGUGGAAACAAAGACAAACAAAAUGGUUUCUGAGAAGAGCAGCACACCUGUGCCCACCUGAAGUAGUAACUGUGCUUCGAAGGGGAAUGGCAUGUGAUGUUAUCAUGGAAAGCACUCUUGAAUUUCUCUUUCGUCAAGCACAGCGACUAGACUCUAGAAUCACAUCAAACUUAUGGUGUGAAGUGGCAGUAACCCUUGUGACAUACUUGAAUGGUGCCCCAGGUCUGCCCGUCCAAUCUGCAGAUGUUUUCAAUUUGCUCGAAGUGCUCUUGCAUAAGCAAGAAGUGUCUUACGGAUGUAUUAAUCUCACUUGGCUGACAACAUUUCAACACAUCACUGUUGAGACAUCAUCUGUAGCAGGCACAACAGUGAGAGCACUGUCUCUAGUGGUGUGGUCACAUUGCUUAAAACACUGUUUAGAAAACCUUGACUGCUGCUCACUCGAAAUUGAAAGGAGUGUCGAGUCAUGGAUUUCAGCCAUUGCAUCUGCUGUGAGCAACCAAGCACGGCUGGCAGCUACGGCGGACAUCUCUCGGAUGCACGCAGCGCGCUCUCUUCACAUUGCUGGUGAUGCAGUGUUCACUUGGGCUGCUUACAAGUGUAGGCCACGCAAGGCAAAGCAUCUUCAAAGCUUGUUUAGCGCAACACUUGAGCUUCUUCAAGAUGAAGACCCCCAGGUUCGCUCUGAAGCUGCUGGUGCGCUGCCACUUCCAAGUGUUGAACCACAGUCUAUUCCUGUCCAGCCUAAUGUAGCAGCAAAUAACCUGUUCAGGAAGUUGGUGCUGGCCUUAGAGGGCGACGAACCAGAAUUGGUCAAGUUCUUGUGGUGCGAGCUUUGCCGAAGCGGCCCAUCUGCACUCAGCGAAUUCCAGCAACUUUUAUAUCCCACUUAUGCAAGUCUCUUUGAGCAGGAUGAAAGUGGUGUUUUUAUGGAGCCAAUGGUUGUUUCUCAGAUGUUGCAUCAAGGCACUCAGAUGGCACUGGAGGCAGUACUUCAAAGCGGUGCAGAUGUGACAAGCUUUCUUUUAGAUGAAGUUAUGAGACUGGUAGAUGAACUUAAAGCUACAUCCCAAGCACUUGACGAAUUCGUCCUGCGCACGGACAAACCCCUUGGCUCAAACCUUGAAAUUCUGGGCAGGCCGAAGCUGCACCAUGCCAUUGCAGUGUUACAAGCACGUGCGGAUCUGCUUGAAUGGGCUUGCACGCAAUUCAGCACUCAGCAGAGUCCUGGUGCAUUCGCUGAAAUGAUGCUGCCAGGUAAGGAGGGCAGGGAGCAGUCACUGCUGCCAAGGGCAGCUUUGCAGCUUUCACACACAAAAGCGCACCUUGUAGAUAUGUGGAAUCGGCUGACUUUUACAAAAUAAAGUUGCGUAGUGUAACA